AUGAUGCACAAGACCAUCUUUCCCUUCGUGGCCUUCCUGGCUGCCCUCGUCUCGGCCCAGGAGUUCACCACCUCCAUUGUGAAGGCUUCCCGCGCCUUCGUCGAUAUCCUCUCAGCCGUCAACACUGCUAGCGCUCAUGUCAACGAGAAGCGCCAGACCGCCAGCUCCGGCACUAUCAGCGAUGUCAAUCCUCACGUCUACUUCUCUUCCUCAGUUGGAGUCCUCGGUUGCAAGAUUAACACCAACCGCGUUGCGUACUGGAGGGAGGAAGUCGACUGCGACAACAUCUGUGUCAAGCUCACCAACACCACCGCUAGCCGUUCCGUCCCCCUUCUUCGCAUUGAUCACUCCAGUGGUGCCCACGACAUCAGCUACGAUGCCUGGAAAUACCUGGCCACCGGCAACCCCGCUGCCCCUGGCACCGCCAUCACCGGAGACGCCAUGGGCGACCUCCAUUACGAAUACCUUCCUGCGGAUAACGCAAGUCCUUGA